AUGGGAGGCAGCGAGUUCUACCGUGAGCGAUUCUCCUUCUACCUCCUCCUCGGGCUUCUGCUUCAAGGGAGAGGAAGUAAGCUCCCCAUCAAUUGCUCAGGGUUUGGUCAACAUGGGAUGUACCCCACUCUGCUGGACUCAGUAUUCGCCAGGAAGGCCUUUCGCCCAGUCACCAACUGGCAAGUCCCCACCCAAGUCAACCUCUCCUUCACCAUGUCUGCCAUCCUUGAUGUGGACGAACAGCUACAGCUCUUGUCAUCAUUCCUGUGGCUGGAAAUGGUCUGGGAUAACCCAUUUAUCAGAUGGAACCCAGAGGAGUGUGAGGGCAUCAAGAAGAUCAGUGUGACAACCAAGAACCUGUGGCUCCCGGAUAUCUUCAUCGUCGAGUCCAUGGAUGUGGAUAAGACCCCACAAGGCCUCACAGCGUACGUAAGUAAUGAAGGUCUCGUCAAGUAUAAGAAGCCCAUGAAGGUGACCAGCAUCUGUAGCCUGGACAUCUUCUACUUCCCCUUUGACCAGCAGAACUGCACCCUCACCUUCAGCUCCUUCCUCUACACGGUGGAUUACAUGUUGCUGGGCAUGGAGAAGGAAGUGUGGGAAAUAGAAGACAUAUCCCAGGAAAUUGUUCAGACCAACGGACAGUGGGAGCUCCUGGGCAUCAACAAGGCCACCCCGACGAUGACUGUGGGCAGUAGCCUGUAUGACCAGAUCACGUUCUAUGUGGCCAUCAGGCGCCGGUCCAGACUCUACGUCCUCAACCUGCUGGUGCCCAGUAGCUUUCUGGUGGCCAUCGACGCCCUCAGCUUCUACCUGCCAGCCGAAAGUGGGAACCGGGCGCCCUUCAAGAUCACCCUCCUGCUGGGCUACAACGUCUUCCUGCUCAUGAUGAACGACUUGCUCCCCACCAGUGGCACCCCUCUUAUUAGUGUCUACUUCUCCCUGUGCCUGUCCCUGAUGGUGGUCAGCCUGCUGGAGACCAUCUUCAUCACCUACCUGCUGCACGUGGCCACCACCCAGCCGCCACCCAUGCCCUCCUGGCUCCACUCUCUGCUCCUCUCCUGCACCAGCCCCUGGAAAGGCUGCCCCCCGGGACCCCAGAAGGGAAACAGGGGCCUGAGUCUCCCUUCCCUUCACCUCCCUGGUGUGAAGGAGCCCAUGGAGUUGGUGGGGAAGGAGGCUGGGCCCAGAGGGGCGGAGACAAACAGAUGUCCUGGGUCAGCCAAGGCCCAGCAAGAAGAUGAGGCUCGGAAGAGACAUCUGGUCGACCUGUGGGUGCUAUUCAGCCACAUGAUGGACACCCUGCUCUUCCGUCUCUACCUGCUCUUCUUAGCCACCUCUGUCAUCACAGUCAUUGUUCUGUGGAGUACCUAG